UCAAUUGCAAAAAAAGCAAAAAGCUAUUUAAAAGGAUUAAUUUACAAACUUUUACUAUUCUGAUCUGUCCAAUUAGAAUCUUGACUUGUCUCCUUCAUUCUGUUUCAUUUCCUAAAUACGCGUUCGUAAUAUACGUUCGUAAUAUACGUAUGAGUUACAUUUAGUAAUGAUAUUCUUUUGGGAAUGGUUUGAUUGUGCCGGGAAGUGAACGAAAAUAUGUGUAACUUCGAAAAAAUUGUACACGAUGAUUAACGAACUUUUGUCGUGUAACUUUUCAAAUAACGUAUUACAUUUCGAAAUAACAGAAAUAGUUAUAUUCCUUGAGAUUAUAGUCGGUCUGUGAUAUAUUAAAUUUUUUUUUUUAUAUGGGAAAUUGUCUGUCGUAAUUGCUACAGAAUUUUAAAAUAAUACGUAAGAUUGCGAUGAAGUGCGUGCAGCAUAGUGUUCUGUACUUCAUUUGUAACGAAUAUAAACAACAUGUUCCACGGAAUUUACGUUGCGAGCCUCGUUUAUUAUAUUGCGAAUCGAACAUAUAUCAUGUUUUUGAACGGAAUGUUUGUAGUUAGUUUUUAACUCACUGUGAGAAUUUUCAAUUUUUUAUGAAAGAAAAAAAAUGGUAGGUAACUAGUGUAUUGAAAUGCAAUCGCAAAAGCAUCUUCAAUUAACUUUGGCAAUAAUCAAACCACAUGUUGUUAAAUCUCCUUUUGUGCUCCAGAAAAUUCGAGACUUAAUAAUUGACAACAAUUUAAAAAUUGUCAGAUCGCACAGGACGAUUAUCACUUAUAAGGAGGCAGAAUUGUUUUAUGAAGAACACAAAGAAAAGUUCUUCUACAAUCGUCUUCUGACAUUUAUGUGUAGUGGCCCAUCAGAUAUUCAUAUCUUGGCAGAUCACAAUGCUAUUGCUAAGUGGAGGCAAUUAAUGGGCCCUACAAAAGUGUAUCAGGCACAGUAUAUUGCACCUGAUACAAUUCGGGGGAUGUAUGGUCUGUCAGAUACAAAAAAUGCAACUCAUGGCUCUGAUUCAGUUGCAUCAGCGGAAAGAGAAAUAAACAUAUUCUUUAGUGAUUUCAAUAUUAAAAAAUGGUAUGAACAUGAUGAAAAAUACUAUAAUUUAGGACAAAUUCAUUUUGAUCCAGUUGCCUUUUUGCAUACUAUUGAUACGAGUUUCGUAAACACUAAUAAAGAACAAAUUACAAAGUAAA